AUGGAACAUAUUACUCCUAUAAAGGAAAUUGAUUCAAUCAAGGAUGAUUUCACAAUUAAAGUUCGAAUCAUACAUCUUUGGACUCAAAAGUCAAAAUUCAAUGCAAAAGAAACAUACUCGAUAGAAAUGAUUUUGAUGGAUGAGGAGGGAAGGAAAAUUCAUGCAUCUUGUGUGAAAAAAUGGUUUCCAAAAUUCAAACGCUAUCUUAAAGAAGAUAGUUCGAUAUAUGUGAAGAAACCUAAUGUCGCACCAAAUACUUUAAAUUUUAAGUUUGCUAAUCCAGAAAGAAAACUUAACUUUUACCACGAUACAACUGUGAAAGAGUGUGAAAACUUUUCUGGAUCUGCACACGGCUUUGAUUUUGUUGACUUCAAUACAAUCGUUUCGAACAACAUCCUGGAGUCAAAAUCUUUUGAUAUUAUUGGACACAUAUUCGAAUAUGGGCGUAUGGAUACAUCUGAAGAAGAUAAAUCAAAACACAAAAUGCUCUUGCAUCUUCAAGAUAUAGAGGAUACUAAGCUGAAGGUAACUUUGUGGGGUCAUAAUGCAUACUACAUGACAGAAUUUCUGGCUAAUAAUAACAGCCUUGCACCGGUUGUUGUUAUUGUUCAGUUUGCCAGAGUGAAGUUUAUUAAUGGUCGUCCUUUUUCCUCCACUUACUUUGAUGUUAGUAGGUUGUUCAUAAACAAUGAUAUCGAUGAGAUUACAAGCUACAAAAAUAAAUUGGUUUCUGAAAAUGGACAACAACUUUCGUCAAGUGGAAUCAAGAUGAUUGCAUCAAAACAAAACACGGAACACGAUGACUUUCUCAAAAAUCAUAUGUUUUCUAACAUUGAUGAUUUGUUUGAACCUUUAGAGGAGAAAACGGUCAUUAUUGUUGGUACUGUUAAGGGAAUAAGUCAAAACAUACGAUGGUUUUACCUUGCUUGUAGCAACUGCUACAAGUCAGCAAAAGAAAAAGAGUCUUCUACUGAUAAGGUUGAUGGUUCUCAUGAAGUGGCCGAAAUUGUUACUUAUGAAUGUUCUAAUCCUAAUUGCAAAAAUACCAAAAUUUCGGUUAUUCCAAGAUUUAAAAUCCCACUUCGGGUUCAAGACAACACAGGAACUUUGACUUUAACCUUAUUUGAUCAAGAAGCAAAGAAGCUGUUUAAAUACACAGCUAAAGAGUUGUAUGAUAAAAACAAGAAGCUUGGCAUCAGUUUGGAUUUGUAUCCAAUGGAGUUGAAAGUUGUUGUUGACAAAAAGUUGGCAAUUAAAAUUGAUAUCACGAGUUACAAUGUGGAUAAUAAAAGUAAUAUUUAUGGGAUAGCAAGAUUGACUGAGAAUGCAAACAUAAUUGAUGAACUAGAGAAAAAGAAUCUGAAUUCACAGCCUGAUAAUUCUGAUUCAUUCAUUAUUGGUUCUUCAGAUAUUGCCUCCCAAGAGACCAAAGUUGUGAAGGAUUCUUUUUCACACAUAGGUGAAAAUUUAACACCGUGUGCUAGGGACAACUCAACUGCAACAAGUCCUACAAAGUUGUUUUCUACACCUACCGAAUUAAAAAGAAACCUUGCUACAUGCAUAGAUCUUGAUGAAAUGGAGAAUUUGUCUACUUCUAAAACUCCUCGGUUGUCACCACCAGAUGAACAACCAAUCCCUCUUUUGGUACCCAAGAAAGAAAAACAUAUCAUGAAGUCGUUUAAUUCUAAAAAGAGUAGAAAAUUAAAUAGUUUUUAUUUAGAUAAUAUAAGUAACAUUAACUUGUCCACUAUAUCAAUCGAACAAGCUUCAACCACUACAAAUGUUAUUACUUCAGCUAACAAUGAAAAAGCAAAUACAUUGCCUUCUUCAUCGACCACUGAAUAUUCAUCAUCUGCGGUAUUUGUUAACAACGGUCACAAAGAAGCAAACCAUAAUAUGUACUAUUUGCAAGCAAGAGAGAAAAGAAGACAAAGAAAAUUAUAUCUGGAUAAUAAGAAAUCGAAGAAAAUGAAAACAAAAUCGAGUGUUCUCAAUCCAUCUGCUUCAACUGUUUUCAAAAACACGGAUAACUAUCAAUCAAAAGAGAUUGUUCAUCAAAAUGAAAAUGUCAAUCCAUAUAAAUCACGUGGAAAACAAAAUUCACCCCUACAAUCAUCUUCUUUGUAUAUAAAUGUUAGAACUCCGUUAUCUAACAUUUCAAAUGUUAAUGUUACAUGUAGAAAUGCAUCUACAAUAACUGCUUCUUCAUCAUCAAUCAAGUUAAGUACAGGAUGUCAUAAAUUAAAAAGAAAGUUGAAAGAUUUAUCUCCUAUUCCAUUGAUUGACUUGACAACAGAUGUAGAAAAUAUACAUGAAGUCCUUACUGAUAACCUAAUAGUUGGUAUUUCCAAAGAAUAUUUGGAUCAUGGUGAUCAAAUUGUUGUAUGUAAAACAUGUCAUGCAAAGUUAUGGAAAAAUGAAUCUAUUAGAGGAAAACAAAAAGGGAACACAAAUUAUUCAUUAUGUUGUGGUUAUGGCAAGGUUCAACUACCAGAUUUAAAGAAACCACCACCAAAUUAUGAAAAAAUGUUUCGACUAACAGAUUCUAAAAGCAAAAACUUCAUGAAAAACAUUCGACGUUACAAUUCAAUGUUUUCUUUUACGUCGAUGGGUGGUAAAAUAGAUUCUUCAAUCAAUAAAGGAAAUGCUCCAUACAUUUUCAGACUUGGUGGCCAAAAUUAUCAUAGUAUUGGAAGCCUUUUACCACCAGAUGGAUCGCAACCGAAAUUCUCUCAGUUAUACAUUUAUGAUACCGAGAACGAAAAUUCAAAUAGACAAAAAUGCUUUGGUGGGGAAAAGCAUCAAUCUACAUCCAUUGAUAAUGAUAUUAUUGAAUAUUUGAAGGUGAUGUUAGAUUCAAAUAAUGUCUUGGUUAGGUCUUAUAGAAUGGUAAGAGAUGUUUUUCAGAAAAAUCCUCAAGUUGAUGUGAAGUUAAGAAUUAUUGGAAAAAGGGAUCGAGAUGGAAGGACAUAUAACCUACCAACUGCUUCUGAGGUUGCUGCUUUAAUUGUAGGUGACAUUUCUGAUUCAGUUCAAAAUAGAGAUAUUGUUGUUCAAACGAAAUCCGGAUUUCUACAACGUAUCAGUGAAUUGCAUCCUUCUUAUCUUCCUCUCCAAUAUCCGCUACUAUUUCCAUAUGGUGAUGAUGGUUACAGCGUUGAUAUUCUUCAUAGAGGUGUUACAUCUACAAAAAACAAGCGGGCGAAAUGUACAAUGAGAGAAUUUUUCGCUUUUAGAAUUCAAGACAGGGAUCAUUCGUUCUCACUAAUUUUAAAUUCAAAAAGGUUAUUUCAACAAUUUUUGGUGGAUGCGUAUACUAUGAUUGAAAGUGAGAGAUUGUAUUAUAUACGCAGGCAACAACAUGUUCUCAGAUGUGAUUCUUAUGAGAAUUUACGUAACCAAAAAGCUCAAGGAAAUACAAAUAUCUCCAACAUUGGCCAACGUGUCAUAUUACCUUCAUCCUUUACUGGUGGUGUGCGCUAUAUGCUGCAAAACUAUUUGGAUGCCAUGUCGCUUUGUAAAUGGUUUGGAUAUCCUGAUUUAUUCAUAACCUUUACGUGUAAUCCCAAAUGGCCUGAGGUUAAAAGGUUUCUUAAGGAUACUUCACUUCAACCAGAAGAUAGACCUGAUAUACUAUGUAGGUUGUUCAAGAUCAAGCUUGAUGCAUUUAUUAAAGACCUAAGGGAGAAUCACAUUUUCGGCAUUAUUCAAGCAGUUGUUUAUACAAUAGAAUUUCAAAAAAGAGGUUUGCCGCAUAGUCAUAUAUGUCUAUUUAUGCAUUCUGAAUACAAGUUACCGACUGUUGAAUUUAUCGACCCGGUGAUUUCCGCCGAGAUACCAAACAGAGAUGAAGAUCCAGAAUUGUAUUCACUUGUGAAUGAGUUCAUGAUUCAUGGUCCAUGUGGAGCUGAGAAUAUCAAUUGCCCAUGCAUGGUGGACGGAAAAUGCUCUAAAAACUUUCCAAAGCAAUUCUGUAACCAUACGUCUGUUGAUCAAAAUGGUUUUCCCUUAUAUAGGAGAAGAAACGAUGGUCAUUUUGUUGAAAAAUCGGGUGUGCAUUUGGAUAAUAGAAAUGUUGUUCCAUACAACAAGUAUCUAUUGAGAAGAUAUCAAGCACAUAUUAAUGUUGAAUGGUGCAAUCAGGGGUCUUCUAUAAAAUAUUUAUUUAAAUACAUAAACAAGGGACCUGAUAGAGCUACAGUUGUCGUUGAACAAAGCAAUAAUGAAUGUGAUAAUAAUGAUACGGUCGAUGAAAUCAAUGAGUAUUACGACUGUAGAUAUCCAUCUGCCUGUGAAGCAUCAUGGCGAAUUUUUACAUAUGAUGCUCAUUACAGGUAUCCUUCUGUGGUUAGACUGCCUUUUCAUCUGCCUGGUCAACAACAAAUUAUUUAUGGGGAAGACGAUGAUAUUGACGAUGUUCUCGACAAAACUUCUGUUGCUUCUUCAAUGUUCACAGCUUGGAUGGAGUGUAAUGCAGUUAACAGUGAUGCACGGAAACUUACAUAUGUUGAAUUCCCUACAAAGUUUGUUUGGCAACGCGGUGAUAGGAUUUGGAAGCCACGGGAGGUAGGAAAGUGCAUUGGUAGAAUUCAUUCGGUUUCACCUAAUCUAGGGGAAGCCUAUUUCUUAAGAAUUUUGUUAAAUAAGGUCAAAGGUCCGAAAUCAUUUGAAGAAAUCCGCACAGUAAAUGGUGAACUAUAUUCUUCUUUUAGGGAUGCUUGUUAUGCUCUUGGGCUCUUGGAUGAUGACAACGAAUACAUCAAUGCAAUCAAAGAAGCAAAUCAUUAUGGAUCUGGUUUUUACCUACGAUUUUUAUUUGCUACAUUAUUGAUGUGUAACAGUAUGUCUAAACCGGAGGUUGUUUGGGAAAACACAUGGGAAUAUUUAGCAGAUGGAAUUCUUUAUAACCAACGACAGAGAUUCAAAUCUCCAGACUUAUCACUCAAUGAAGAUCAACUUAAGAACUUAACUUUGUUCGAGAUAGAACAAGUUUUACAAAGGAACAAUUCCACUCUCAAAAAUUAUAAAAACAUGCCUAUUCCAGAUGUAGAUUCUGUUUCUUCUUCAAACAAUCGACUUAUCACUGAGGAGUUAGAUUAUGACAUUCCUGUUAUGAAGGCUGAGUUUGAUCGUAUGUUUCUUGCAUUGACAAAUGAGCAGCGUCACAUUUUCCUUGAUAUCAUGGGUGCAGUUAAAGAAAAUAAAGGAGGUGUCUUCUUUGUUUAUGGUUAUGGUGGGACUGGUAAAACUUUUUUAUGGAAGACAAUAUCUGCAGCUAUUAGAUGUGAUGGUCAUAUUGUUUUAAAUGUUGCUUCAAGUGGGAUUGCUUCAUUAUUAUUGCCUGGAGGUAGAACAGCACACUCUCGAUUUAUAAUUCCAUUUGAACUAACAGAGGAUUCUGUUUGUAAAAUAAGUCGAGAUGGUGACCUCGCUAGGUUAUUGAGAAAAACCUCUUUGAUAAUUUGGGAUGAAGCUCCUAUGGUCCAUAAGCAUGCAUUUGAAGCUUUAGAUCGAAGUUUGAAAGAUGUAUUUAGGUCUGAAAAUUCUAGCAACUCAGAUAUUCCUUUUGGAGGGAAAGUUAUUGUUUUUGGAGGAGAUUUCAGACAGAUUCUACCUGUUAUUCCUGGUGGAAGUAGACAAAACAUUGUUAAUGCUUCUUUAAGUUCUUCAUAUUUAUGGGAACAUUGCAAGAUCCAUAAAUUAACAAAAAACAUGAGGCUAACUGUUGGAAGGGAUCAAUCUGAUAUAGAAAAAAUCAAAGAUUUUGCAGAAUGGUUGUUGGAUAUAGGAGAAGGCAAACUUGGUGGUAUCAACGAUGGUGAAACAGUUAUUGAUAUUCCAGAUGAUAUUCUCAUUGAUGAUCCACAUGAUCCUAUAGGUUCAUUAAUCGACUUUGUAUAUCCUUCAAUUUUGGAAAACUACAACAAUACAAGUUAUUUUCAAGAAAGAGCAAUACUUGCUCCAAAGAAUGAAGUCGUUCAGGAAAACGAUCGUUUGUUAUCGAAGUUUCCAGGAGAUGAGGUUGAAUACUUAAGUUCAGAUAGUAUAUGCCAAUCUGAAUUUGUCCAUGAUCAGUUUGAUGCAAAUUUAUAUUCACCUGAUGUUUUAAAUGGUCUAAAGGUAUCAGGUUUACCAAACCAUAAGUUAGUUUUAAAAAUUGGUGUUCCAGUUAUGUUGCUGAGAAAUAUUGAUCAGAAAAAUGGCUUAUGCAAUGGGACAAGACUCCAGGUUAUAUCAUUGGGCAAACGUGUUAUUGAGGCGCGUAUCAUAUCUGGAACUAAUAUUGGAAACCGUACUUUUAUUCCAAGAAUGUCUUUAACUCCAUCAGAAAAGAAGAUUCCCUUCAAAUUCCGAAGAAGACAGUUUCCAUUGGCUGUAUGUUUUGCAAUGACCAUUAAUAAGAGUCAGGGACAAUCAUUAUCGAAGGUUGGUUUGUUUCUCAAACAUCCAGUGUUUUCACAUGGGCAAUUGUAUGUUGCCUUAUCUAGAGUUCAAAGCAGAGAUGGAUUAAAAUUAUUAAUUUUAGAUAAGGACGGUGCCCUCACAAAUCAAACUUCCAAUGUUGUUUAUAAAGAAGUUUUCCAGAAUUUAUAA